AAAUGAUCUCGAGCCUUCGGCGAAGCAUGCGUGUGUUUUGAAAGUAAAAAUUCGAAUUGAAAUAUUCGUAACUCCGUAAGAAAAUCUUGAACUGUGUGCUGUAGAUUUUAUAAAUUAUAUUGCGAAGAAGUUUAUCAGCUUCUGACGGUCAACGUUUUCUGAGACAUCACUUUUAUCAUUAGCAAGCACAAUGGAUCUCAUGGACGAUGACUCUGAAAUGGAAGGCUAUCACUCAGAGGACUCUGCACAGGAUUCAGAUGAGGAGCUUCAGGAGGCCUUCAGAACAGGAAAGCUGCAGCCUGGUCUGAAUAUUGUCAAAGAAAGACCAGUGAAAACAUUUGUCAACAAUGAGGGCGCCAUCCUGGCCAAACUGGAGGAGAUCCGCGUCCGCCUGCCGUGGCUCGAGCGGCUCGACCUGGUCAACCGGCCCGCACCCAUGGCGCCCGAACUCAAACGAGACCAAGAGCAAAUAAUGACAGAUGCCACCGAUGAUUCGAUAGCAGAAGAUGACUUUAAACGGGAGAUGCUGUUUUACCGGCAGGCCCAGGCGGCCGUGCUGGAGGGUCUGCCGCGCCUCCAGGCGGAGGGAGUACCCACCCGCCGGCCCGACGACUACCUCGCCCAGAUGGUCAAAUCGGACGAACAGAUGGACAAGGUACGGAAGUUCCUCAUCAGGCAGAAGACGCAGAAGGAAAUGUCCGAGAAGGCGCGCAAACUCCGCGAGCUGAAGAAGACGGGGAAGAGGACGCAGAUCGAGGCGCAGCAGCGGAAGCAGAAGGAGAAGAAGGAGAUGCUGGAGAAGAUGAAGAAGUUCAGAAAGGGCACGGAAAAGAAUCUCGAUUUCCUCGAGACGCCGGAGGAGCUGCAGUCCAACAAACGACAGCAGCCGGGCAAGGCGCGCAAUCAGAAGAAAAAACUGUCUCAGAAGCGCCAGGAGAAGGACGCCCGGUUCGGGUUCGGCGGCAGGAAGCGCGGCCAGAAGCGGAACACAGCAGAGAGCACCUCCGACACGUCCUGGACCAGCGGCAAGAGCCGCGGCGGCAAAAAGUUCGUCUCCAAGGCGGGCGGGAAGGGUCGCGGGCCGGCCGGCGGGGCGGCGGGGGGCCGCGCGAAGGGAGGCAGGGGCGGCGGCGGCGCGCCCAACAAACGGCCCGGCAAACUGGCCCGACAGAAUAUGAAGAACAAGGCGAAAAGUCGGAAAUGAGCAGGGGCUGUGGGGCUGGACAUCCGUAUGUGGGUCAUCGUGGGUCAUGCCGCUUGUAAUACAUGUGUACAAUUCACUGA